ACGUGACACUCGUCGAGCCACCACCACUUGUUCUUCUUUCCUUCUCCGCCUCCGCCUCUCCUCCAUUCCUCCCCUCAUUCCCCUCCUCCGAUCCGAAUGGCGCCUCCGCAACCCGCUCCCGGCGGCCUCCCGUAGCCUCGGACCGCCCCUCAUCCGCCCCGCGCGCGGCUUGCCUUGUCUCGCUUCGUUUCUGUCUAAGCUAAGGCUCUUCAUAUUCAGUUUAUGUUGACAGUACUUGGGAGUUGGGAUGCGAUUUGUCCCACUAUAGGAGGAGUUUUCGUCGUUUCCGUUUCAGCACAGUUGUGUUUACUCUGCUUGACGUUUGGAUUAGAUGUCGUUUCGUAGCAUUGUGCGUGAUGUAAGGGAUAGCUUUGGGAGCUUAUCUCGAAGAGGGUUUGAGGUGAGGUUUCUCGGCCACCGCAGAGGGAAAUCUCAUAGUGCUGUCCAUGAAUUGCAUGACCCAGCACCUGUGAUCCAGAGUAGUUGCUGGGCUAAUUUGCCUCCAGAAUUGCUUCGAGAUGUGAUCGAGAGGUUGGAGGCCAGUGAGGCUACAUGGCCUUCCAGGAAGAACGUAGUCGCUUGUGCGGCUGUCUGUCGAACCUGGAGAGAGAUGUGUAAAGAGAUCGUUAAGAAUCCGGAAUUUUGUGGAAAGAUCACCUUUCCUGUUUCCCUGAAGCAGCCUGGGCCCCGAGAUGGAACUAUCCAGUGCUUCAUUAAAAGGGAUAAAUCUACCCAAACUUACUACCUAUAUCUGUGUCUUAGCUCAGCUGUGCUUGUUGAAAGUGGCAAGUUCCUUCUAUUGGCGAAAAGAUACUCCCGCCCAACCUGUACAGAAUAUACAAUAUUUAUGAAUGCUGACAAUACAUCUAGGUCAAGCAACAUGUACAUUGGAAAAUUGAGGUCAAAUCUUCUCGGCACAAAAUUUGUAAUAUACGAUACCCAGCCUCCAUGCAACAUACCGAGUGUUUCACAGCCAGGGAAAACAAGUCGUAGGUUCUACUCCAGGAAGGUGUCACUGAAGGCCCCAUCCAGCACCUACAGCAUAGCGCAGGUGUCUUAUGAGCUGAACGUCUUGGGGACUCGGGGCCCUAGGCGGAUGAACUGUGUGAUGCACUCCAUACCUGCCUCAUCUCUUGAGGCUGGUGGCACUGUCCCAUGCCAGCCGGACAGUGUCCUUGCUCGCUCCAUUGAUGAGUCAUUUGGCAGCAUCUCCUUUUCCAAGUCAUCAAUUAGGGAUCGCUCCAUUCGUUUCAGCAGCACUCGAUUCUCGGACAUCUCAGUAGGUUGCUCCAGGAAUGGAGGCCAGACAUUGGGUGAUAACAAUGAGUCCAAGGAGUGUCCACUAAUUCUCCGCAAUAAAGCUCCAAGAUGGCACGAACAGUUGCAGUGUUGGUGCCUCAACUUUAAGGGCAGGGUGACUGUUGCAUCUGUCAAGAACUUCCAGCUUGUUGCUUCGACACAACCUGCUGCUGCAGCUCCAGCCCCGUCGCAGCCCGCCCCAACACUUCCAUCUGAGCAUGACAAGGUGAUACUGCAAUUCGGGAAGGUUGCGAAGGACAUGUUCACAAUGGACUACCGUUACCCGCUGUCAGCCUUCCAGGCCUUCGCGAUAUGCCUGAGCAGCUUCGACACCAAGCUGGCCUGCGAAUAAAACCAUCAGCGCUGCAGCAUCGUCGUCAGUUCUGUAAGAGACCGUCGGCCCCCUCAAAUUUAUCUGGGGCCGCCACAGUUGUUAUCUGUUGUUGUUGUUGUCCUAUUAACCUGUAGUUGUCACUAGAAAACCGUUGUUUUAGCCAAUUUCUUCUGAUUCAUAGCUGCCACAGCUGCUGUUGCUCUGUUGUACCCCUCAUUUGUUUUGGUUGUAAUGUAAUAGCUUGCUUUGCGGCAUCUUUGCCUCCCCUGUAAUAACUAGCAAACUUAACCGAGAAGAGUUUCACAUAUCCAUCUACUGCUAGGUUUCAGUUU